AUGACCAAUACGCACAACAAGAUUCCCAAUGUUUAUCUUGUUACUUUCUCUAUUUUUCCCAUCCUUGAAGGUUCCCUUGUAAAUAUCAUGUCUCCUAUCAAGUAUCUCAAACUUGGAGGAACUGAAUUCAAGAUGUUAUUUGUGCUUGUUUUUACAUUUGGUUUGGCCAUCAUCCUCUCCAAAACUGGUGUGGAAGGCAGAAGGCUUGAGGAGAAUCCCUUGGAUCAGUCUCCUCGAGGAGUUCAGGGAAAGGAAUACGUGCUUGCUGAUAACAAAGCUGUGUUUAGCUCCAGUAGUGCUGGUGGAAGCAACAACGAGGAGGCCAAGAAGGACAUCAACAGUACUCCUGGAGAGAUGAAGGUAAAAGCUGUUAAAGAUGCAUCACCUGGCUAUCGCUUUAGUGCCACGAAGGAUGCCGAGAACGACAAGAUGUUUGAUCUUAAAAUUUUCCUUAUAAAUAUCGUGUCUCAUAUCCAGUAUCUCAAACUUGUCUCGGAGGGAACGAAUUCAAGCUUAUCAACAAUGAAGAUCCCAUUUGCACUUGUUCUCACAUUUGGUUUGGUCAUGAUCAUCUCCAAAAUAAGUGUUGAUUGUAGAAGGCUUGAGGAGAAUCCCUUGGAUUUCUCUCUUCAAGGAGUUAAGGGAAAGGACUACAUGCUUGAUCAUAAUAAAGUUGUCUUUGGCUCCACUAUUGGUGGAAGAAGCGAUGAGAAGAUCAAGAAGAACGUUAAAAGUAUGGGAGAGAAGAAGGGAAAAGCUACUGUAGAUCCAUCAUUUGGCAUUCCCUUUGGAGUUACAAAGAAUGCCAAUGAUAAUAAUAGAAAUAGCAAUGUCAAGAACAACAAGUAUGAUGGUGAUACUUUUGCACACACUCUGGGUAUGUCAGCAGAUUCACACCACCAGAUAUCGAUCGAUGAAUACCGGAGGAUGUUUGGUGAUCUUCCUAAGCACCCAUGAAGCCCUGUUGCCCUUAACUGUUAUCUGCUACUGCACCAUAGGAUAUGUCAAAUUUGCUCGGUGUAAAGAGCAAAUGCUUUAAAGUACUUGUGUCAUGGAUAGCUCCACAACAUGUAAUGGAUGUCUGGAUCUUUAGAUUAAUGUCCUACACUAAUAAAUAUAAUAAAAUGUACUGACUGGCUUGACUUA